GCGGCGGCGUUGACGUGUCAUCCAGACGGUUUAUUCGUUAUCUUGCUGUUCUGACGUUUAUGGUUAUAACAGAAACUUUAUUUUACUCGAUAUAAAUGUCAGGGCAGUUCCGCGUUGAUUUUGGUUUAUUUUUACUUUUGAAGCUCUUUGGUUAAACACUUACUGUUACAUUGAAAUAAUGCAAGAUUUGAACGCGGACGUUGGAGGAGGGAACUGUCUCGCUUGAGUUGGACAACCUUCAGUCAAGCUGACCAAUCAGAAUGAGCUGUCGUGUCCAUAACGGGGUACGGGCAGCUGCUUGGUCCGAAAAGGUUCUCAGUGCUCACCGUCGCUAACGGGAACGUAACGAAACAACACAUUAGCGGUUUGCAGCGGAGACGCGGAUUACUUGAAAGUGAGGAUAUAAGAAUGAGGCGUGGUGCACAGUGUGGUCUGUUCCUCUUCCUCUCCUGGUCUUUACUGGGUGCUCACUCUCAGGUGUCUCCACACCAGCAGCAGCCCCCUCCUGUAGUGGGAGGCUCAGCUCAUAUAACACGCCUGGACAAAAACAUGGUGCAAGACAAAGACCACAUCAUGGAGCAUUUGGAGGGGGUCAUCGACAAACCUGAGAAAGACAUGACGCCCCAGGAGCUCCAGCUGCAUUAUUUUAAGAUGCACGAUUAUGAUGGAAACAACCUGCUGGAUGGUCUGGAGUUGGCCACUGCUAUUACACAUGUACACAAAGAGGAGCAAGGGGAGCACAGCCAGCCAAUGAAGGAGGAGGAACUCAUCACACUAAUCGACGAUGUCCUGAGGGACGACGACAAAAACAACGAUGGGUACAUCGAUUAUGCAGAGUUCGCCAAAUCGCUGGAGUAGAUCAUCUUGCUGUUUCUUGGUUUCCGCCACAUCGAGGAGAAUCCUGAAUGAGGGGAGGGGCGGCAAGUUUGCGUACUCUGAGCCAAACUUGCUUUGUCUUUCAUGGACAAUUAUUUAGGGGUUACUUGUAAUUUAUAAGCUUGUGACAAUUCUUUCAUACCAGAUGGUAGGAGCACAACUGCCUGUAAUUUCACUAAUUACAAAAAUAGAAAAAAUAGACUUUUUACCCUGUUUUUGUAGCUUGUGCCAUUUUAAAGGGUAAUUUUAACCAAAUGCUUUUUUUAUUCAGACUUUGAGGGCCUUGCAGACCUCUAUGCUCAGUGUUUUCUACCAAAGUACACCAGCCAACCCCUGCACUGAGCACCAUGUCACGCCUGGUGAUGAUCUCAGCAGCGGAGCUCCUAAAGCAGUAAACAAACAGAUAAAGUAGUUUAGUUGAACCGACUCUGAGUGGGAGUUCUUCACUUUUCAGCAGCACUUAAUUGGAUGGACCAGUUCAUUUCAAACACACACGCUAUUUUAAAUUAAAUAAAACACAGCAGCUGUUUAAGUCUCUACGUUUAGAACCAAAUGAUUCCUUGUGAUGAUGAUUAGGCAAAUAAGUUGUUCCCAUGGCAACAGAAAGGGCCCUUGAUUAGAUCAGCUUUGAUCAUCAGAUGAGGGCCAAACCUUGUUUAACUGAUGGGCAAGUUACCAGCGGCACACCAGUCAGCACGGCGCCUUGUGUCCGGUUAUCAAAACGACAAAAUGAGCCCAACAUCGAUCACUUUGAUCGGUCACCACAGGAAUGUCAAGCAGAACUGCAUCAGAUUCUGCAACGCUGGAUAGGCUAGACUGAAAGCCAGACUCUUCUGCAAGCUGGAGUUUCAGGAAAGCACUUGAAUGCAACACGUUUCCUUCAGAUGUUAGCUGCCUUGAAAAACGCAUAUAGUUCAAAUAGAUCAGGUCAAGUUGGUUGAAUUCAUCUGUGUUUGCCUCUGAUGUAUUCAUUUUCAUAUGAACGAACUCUGUUUUUUGCCAACUGGUGUUGAUUCUUCAGUCAGCUGUGAUUGUAGACUGAAAUGAUGUAAAGAUGUAACUCUGGAAUGUGAAAUAAAAGCAGUUUUCUCUGUUACUUUUAAGAUAAAUUAAGUUGCCAUGUUCUGGCAGAUUAAACUCGUGAAAUCAUCAA